UUUUCCAUGGAAAGCCACUUGUUCAUCCCAAUCGUGGUUUGGUUCCUCACCAAAAUUGCUAGUUUCACUUUUUAGAAGCUCCUUUCACUUCCAAGUGGCAAAUCAUUACCAAACGCCUCACUCCCUUUCUCCCCUUUUCCUUUCUUCCAUUCCAAAGUCCCCAACCAAAAAUCUACUCUGCUCUUCCCUCCAUAUUAUACAUACUUGUACCAUGUAGAAUACAACAAACACUAAAAAUUUUCUUUUCUUCAUUUACAAUCCCAAAUUUCAUAAAUUCCCACAAAUUACUGAAAAGAGAAAAGCUGCCUUAUAUAUGCGCUUCUUAUUAUUAUCGCCCUUUCUUGUUAACCCAGUGAUCAAAUUCUCCAAUUCCAACGCGCUUUUUGGGUUAGGAUUCCAAUUAUACCCUCGUCACUCUCGGUAUUUACGAUCGCCCGUUACAAUGGCGUCGACGAAACCAAAGCCGGCGGCGGCGGUGAACAAGUUUCCGGUAGAGGAGGAAUGUGUGGGUAUAGCGAGGAAGUGUUGGAUCAAGUUCAAGAGAGAGUCUACGUUCGCACUGUACUCUCCGUUUGUGGUUAGUUUGGCAUCAGGAACCCUAAAUCUGGAUACUUUCCGCCAUUACAUUGCUCAGGAUGUUCACUUCCUCAAAUCCUUCGCUCAAGCGUAUGAAGCUGCAGAAGAGUGUACUGACGAUGACGAUGCGAAGAUUGGCAUUAGUGAAUUGCGGAAGAAUGUUAUUGAAGAACUUAAAAUGCAUGAUGCAGUUUUAAAAGAGUGGGGCAUUGAUCUGGUCAAAGAGUGCACUCUUAACCCUGCAACGGCCAAGUACACAGAUUUUUUAUCAGCUACAGCUUCAGGAAAGGUUGAAGGAGUAAAAGCUGCUACACUUGCCACGCCAUUUGAGAGAACGAAGUUGGCAGCUUAUACUCUAGGUGCUAUGACUCCUUGCAUGAGACUUUACGCCUACAUUGGUAAGGAGCUGCAAGCUUUCCUCGAGGGAGAGAAAAUUCAUCCAUACAAGAAGUGGAUUGACAGUUAUGCCUCUGAAGGUUUCCAGGCAUCAGCUCUGCAAACAGAGGACUUGUUGGAUAAACUGAGUGUCCCUUUGACAGGCGAGGAGCUUGACAUAAUUGAAAAGCUUUAUCAUCAAGCAAUGAAACUUGAAAUUGGUUUCUUCUUAGCCCAGCCACUUAUUCAGAAAGUUGUCAUCCCUUUGUCAAAAGAUCACAACCCUGCUGAGCACCGGCUUACAAUAUUUUCUGAUUUCGAUUUGACAUGCACUGUUGUUGAUUCUUCUGCCAUCUUGGCUGAAAUUGCAAUUAUAACAGCACCAAGAUCUGAUCAAAAUCGACAAGAGAAUCAAAUUGCGCGGAUGUUGUCGGCUGAUUUGAGGAAUACAUGGGGAGAUCUCUCUAAGCAGUACACUGAAGAGUAUGAGCAAUGUAUAGAGAGGAUGUUACUUAUUGAAAAAGCGGAAAAAUUUGAUUAUGAAAGACUGCAUAAAACACUUGAGGAACUUUCUGAUUUUGAGAAAAGGGCAAAUACUAGGGUGACUGAAUCUGGGGUACUGAAAGGUUUAAACCUUGAAGACAUAAAACGAGCUGGGAAGCGAUUGAUUCUCCAGGAUGGUUGCACCAACUUCUUCCAGAGCAUAAUAAGAAAUGAAAAUCUGAAUGCAGACAUUCAUGUCCUCUCUUAUUGCUGGUGUGGCGACCUUAUUAGGUCUUCCUUUUCUUCAGGGGGUAUAGAUGCUCUGAAUGUGCAUGCCAAUGAGUUUAUAUUUCAAGAAUCUCUAUCCACUGGUGAAAUUGUUAAGAAAGUUGAAUCCCCCAUUGACAAGGUUCAAGCAUUCAGUAAAAUUCGAAUGAACUGUAGCAAUGACAAAAAAAAUCUGACUGUUUAUAUUGGGGAUUCAGUCGGCGACUUACUUUGCUUGCUUGAAGCAGAUGUUGGCAUUGUGCUUGGUACGAGCUCAAGUCUAAGGACGGUGGGGAAUCAUUUUGGUGUUUCUUUUGUUCCUCUGUUUGCAGGUGUUGUCCAGAAACAGAAGAUGUGCGCUGGGGUAGACUCGUCAAGUUGUUGGAAGGGACUAUCUGGUUUUCUCUAUACUGCCUCUAGCUGGGCUGAGAUACAUGCUUUUGUAUUGGGGUCAUGAAUUCUCUUCAAGUUACAUAUUCGCCAUGCUUAUUAGGACAUAUGGAGAAAUCCUUAUAUAGUAGAUCAUACAUACAGCUUUGUGGCUAGUUUUAAUGCAGGCCACAGAUCAGUUCUGUUGUUCCAUUUUUGUUUUUCUACAGGGUCUUCCGUUCAGAAAUGUAAAUGUCAUUCAUUUGGCUGGAGAUUCUAUAUGAAUACUGCAAAUGUUAAAUGUCGGUGGCUGUUCUAUUCUGAAAUUUAUUAUUACUUCUAGGGUCUUAUAUAUUCUUGGUGAAUGGUUCUCAGAUAAAGCAAACAUACAAUGGUUUUGAAUGAGGUGAAUUACAGGU